AUGUUAGGAAAUCAUACUGCUGAUAAUAUUGGGAAAACAUUAAAGAAAGCAUUAGAAGAUUGGGAAAUCUUCGAAAAAGUGUUUGUAGUUGUUACAGACAAUGCGUCCAAUAUGAAAAAUGCUGUUAUAGACAUUAUGAAAAAAAAUCAUAUAUCUUGCUUAGCCCACACUUUAAAUUUAGCAGUGAUGGAUGCAUUAAAAGAUAAUAACAAUAAAACUAUUGAAAUAUUAUUAAAUAAGUGUAAAACAAUUGUGACACAUUUUAAACAUAGUGUGUUGUCCAGCCAGAAGCUAAGGACAGUUCAAGAACAUAUGAAUCUUCCCCUAUUAAAACUUAAACAAGAAGUAGCAACGAGGUGGAACUCAACUUAUUUGAUGAUAGAUAGAAUACUAAUAUUAAAGGAUCCACUGAUUUUAGCACUGGCUGAAAUUGGAAAUGCACCUCCGCAAUUAAAUUCUGCUGAUUGGGCCAUGUUGAGAGAUAUAGUCCAAAUACUAAAACCAGCGGACGAACUAACUAAAAUUAUUUCCGGAGAAAAAUAUCCAACAUUGUCAGGUAUAAUUCCUCUGUUAAGAGGUUUACAACAUUCAUUAAAUGGUUUGCCAAUGACUAAUGAAUGUUCUGAAAAAUUAAGACAAACUUUUUUAGAUUCUAUAACAAAAAUAAGUGCAAAAAGUACAUUUUUGGAUCCUCGAUUUAAAAAACUAGGAUUUGGAAUCGAAAGAAAUGCUGAGAAUGCUCAAAAGUGGGUCACUGAAGAUUUAAUUAAACUUAUAAAUAAGAAAAAUAAAGAAAACCUAGAAAAAAAAGAUGCCGAACAAAUAACAGAUGUUCCAAGUACAAGCACAUCAAGCAAUCAAGAGGUACGUGAUUCUGAAGAAAAUUUGUGGAGUCAUUUUCAAAAAAAAGUCAAACAAAAUACAAAUUAUGCAACGACCAGUAGUGAUGCACUAAUUACGAUAAGGCAAUAUACCGAAUUACCUUACUUGGAUCGUAAGGAAAAUCCUCUAGAAUUUUGGCAGGAACACAAAAAUGUGUUUCCAGAACUUUAGCAUGUCAAUAUUUAAGUGUUCCUGCCACAUCUGUUCCUUCUGAGCGUGUUUUUUCCAAAGCAGGUCAAAUAACAAAUGUUCGAAGGAAUAGGUUGAAUCCCAAGAGACUCAAUGAGAUUAUUUUUUUAAACAGUCUUUAGAUAUUUUUAUUCCAAAUUAUUUAACUUUUUUAUGUCUAACAUGGUGAAGAAGG